AGGCGAGAAUUGCAGUUCGGACUGUUCAUCUGAGGUCCAUAGCGUGGAAUAGGUAUACUAAUGUCGCCGCCAUCGUCACCACUGCCACGUCGCCGCAAGUCCCUUAGUCGCUAUUCCGCACCGCCGCUUCGUGUGACGCACGCAGUGCCGGCCUUGCAAGCGCUGUGAUUCGCGACCGAGACUUUACAAGCUUUGAGCGGGCCCGCGUGCUCUCACACCUCAGCCCCUCCUCCCCUCCUCCCCUCCUCCCCUGCGCUCUUCCGACCCUCUGCGCCCCUCUCCCGUCCCCCUCCCCGGUCCACGUCAUCACACAGCGGAUCGGGUCAACGCUGCGGCAUGGAGCAGUACUCCCCGCUGCCCGCCGCGCGCGGAAACGGGUUUAUGCGCAGCCGCGGGGCCGCAGACGGCUUCGGCGGGGCCUCCGCGGACGGCUUUGGCGGGGGCCCCGCGGACCUAGAUAUUUCCGAGAACGACGAUCGCUACAGCCCGCGCCCCAAGCCCUCCGUAGCGCUGCUCGCGAACCGACUCGUCCGCCUCGGGUCUGUUACGGGAACCGCUGUGACGACAUCCCCGUUAGUAGCUAUUGUCGUCGGCGCGCUGCUGGUGAUGCUUCUGGGAGGGUUCGCCGUGGCGCGGUGGCGCGGCGGGGGCGGGGGCGGCGCGGGCGGGAGCGGUAACGCGCGGUUCGUGUGCGGGGCGGGGGCGGAGGCGGAGGAGCACAGCACGCGCGAAAUGCGACCGUUCGUGUUCGUGUACGAUAUGGGCGGGGAGUUCACGAGCGACGUGCGGAAAAUGAUUCCCCCGUGGUACUCUGAAGCGUAUGACGCGGAGAGACUGCUGUAUGAGCACCUGACAGCGAGCGCAGUGCGCACGUGGGACCCCGCCCAGGCGUCACUGUUCUACAUGCCGUUCUUCUCGGCGUACUUCACGGCGUGCCACUUCCGCGACUGGGACCUCAACAUGCGAGAUGCCAUCAGACUCACCUCAGAGAAGUGGCAGCAGCUGCUGACGCGUGUGCGCUCCGCCUACCCCUACUUCAACCGCACCAACGGCGCGGACCACUUCUCUCUUCUCUCCAUGGACCACGGCCGCUGCCACGCGCUCACCUUCGCCCCGCCUGCGCUGUACGGACGCAUGUUCUUCCUCCAAAUGAACGGGGACGUCCUGGUGCGGAGCACGCACGCGCACCCCCAACGAGGCAUGCAGGUGGUGAAGGGUUAGGCGAGGGACGAAAAGAAACAGACGCCAACCAGCGAGGCUGGUUGGCCUGUGAGCGAUAUGGAGUAGAGGUGUCAGAAGUGCCAGAGCGAAGAGCUGGCGAAGUUUGGGGGGGAUCCUGCGGGAAAUCGGGGGUUGGCGACUGUCGCACAGCAGGUCGAUGUCCCAUCCCGCCACCCCGGCGAACAGAGUUUCGUUGGACGACAGCUCCUCUGGUGAAAAUUGCCGCUGUG